AUGGAGACAGAAAAUGACACAGCAGCAGUGACAGAGUUCAUUAUUCUGGGAUUAACAGAUAAUCCUACAUUAUGUGCCAUCUUUUUUGUGGGUUUUCUAGCAGUUUAUAUGGUGACUAUAGUGGGAAACAUCAGUAUAAUCCUCCUAAUCAGAAGCAGCCCACAGCUUCACACUCCGAUGUACCUUUUCCUCAGCCAUCUGGCCUUUGUGGACAUUGGGUACUCCACUUCUGUCACCCCCGUCAUGCUCAUCAGUUUCUUAAGAGAAAGAACCACUAUCCCGGUCACCGGCUGCGUAGUCCAGCUUGCCUCUGAUGUCGCUUUUGGGACUACAGAGUGCUUCUUGCUGGCCGCCAUGGCUUAUGACCGCUACGUGGCCAUCUGCUCACCCCUGCUCUACUCUGCCCAGAUGUCCCCAGUGGUCUGCCUCUUCCUUCUAGGAGCUUCCUAUUUGGGUGGCUGCUUGAAUGCAUCAUCAUUUACUGGAUGUUUACUGAACCUAACUUUCUGUGGUCCAAAUCAAAUCAAUCACUUUUUCUGUGACCUCUUUCCCCUCCUGAAGCUUUCUUGUGGCCAUGUUUAUAUUGCUGAGAUAUCCCCUGCCAUCUCUUCUGCGUCUGUCCUUGUGAGCACACUGUUUACCAUCAUAGCGUCCUAUGUGCACAUCCUGCACUCAAUUGUGAAGAUGCGCUCCACUGAGGGGAGGAACAAGGCUUUCUCGACCUGCACGUCCCACCUCACCGCAGUCACUUUGUUUUAUGGGACAGUUUUGUUUGUGUAUGUGAUGCCGAAGUCCAGUUACUCGGCCGAUCAGGUCAAGGUGGCCUCUGUGAUCUACACAGUGGUCAUCCCCAUGUUGAACCCCCUCAUCUACAGUCUGAGGAACAAGGAGGUGAAAGAGGCCAUGAGGAAAUUCAUGGCCAGAGCACACUGA